AAGGCAAGAAGGACAAAAUUGUAAUCUAACCAUUAUUCUUCUUCUUCCCCAGUUCUCAACUGUUCAUCUAGUCCAGUGUUUUUCUGUUAACGGUUACUUCUAACUCUUCCAACAUCUUUCUGAGAUCAAAACCACAUAAUAUGUGAAUCCAAUAAAUUCAUAUAUGUGGUUUUGAUCAUAUAGUUAAGCAUCAAAGAUCCAAUCUUUAGGCUCAAUGAAGAAACAAAUAUGUGAAUCCAAUAAAUUCAACUACUUUGAUUUUCUGUCAGAAGAAAUAAUCCUUUCAAUUCUUGAUUUUCUUAACCAUCCACUUGACAAAAAAUCAUUUUCUCUUGUUUGCAAAUCAUUCUAUGUUAUUGAAUCCCAACAUAGAAAAAUCUUGAAACCCCUUAGUUCUGAUCACUUAACAAAAAUCCUCAAUAGAUAUCCAAAUAUUACCAAUCUUGAUUUAUCUCUUUAUCCUAGAAUUACAGACACUUCACUAACAAUAAUAGCUAGUUUAUGUAAUUCCAUCUUGAUUUCAAUCAAUCUUUCAAAAUCUAAGUAUUUUACACAUGUAGGGUUGUCUAAUAUGGUAAUGAAAUGUGUUAAUUUGGUUGAAAUUGAUUUGUCAAAUGCUACUGAAUUGAAAGAUGUGACAGCUGCUGCAUUAGCUGAAGCAAAGAAUGUUGAGAGGUUGAAAUUAGUGAGGUGUAAGAAUUUAAGUGAUAUUGGAAUUGGAUGUAUUGCUGUAGGCUGUAGGAAGUUGAGGUUGCUUAAUUUGAGAUGGUGUUUGGGUGUUGGUGAUUUAGGGGUUGGUUUAAUUGCUGUUAAAUGUAAGGAGAUGACAAGUUUGGAUCUAUCUUAUGUACCGGUCACUAAUAAAUGUUUGUCAUCAAUCUUCGAACUGCAACAUCUUGAAGAUUUAGUUCUUGAAGGGUGUUACGGUAUUGAUGAUGACGGAAUUGUAUCCCUCAAGUCAGAAUGCAAUUCACUUAAGACACUUGAUAUGUCAAGCUGCCAGAAUGUUAGUCACAUUGGUCUAUCAUCUCUGACUGCCUCUGCUGGAUGUCUGAAGGAACUUAUCUUAGCAUAUGGUUCUCCUAUAACUCCACCUGUGGCAAAUAGCUUGCAGAACCUGUCGAUGCUGAAGUCCGUUAGACUAGACGGUUGCCAAGUUUCGUGCUCCGGACUGAAGGCAAUUGGAAGUUGGUGUGUUGCUCUAACAGAAUUGAGCUUAAGUAAAUGUGCGGGAGUGACAGAUGAAGGUCUUUGCUCCGUUGUAGAAAAGCACAGAGAGUAGAAGCUUGACGUUACCUGUUGUCGCAAGAUAACUCACAUAUCAAUUUUCCGUAUAGCAAAGUCAUGUGCCUCCCUUACUUCCCUGAGAAUGGAAUCUUGCAUGCUAGUACCAAGAAAAGCUUUUGUUUUAAUUGGACAGCAUUGUCGGUAUCUUGAUGAACUUGACCUUACAGACAGUGAAAUUGACGAUGAAGGCUUGAAGUCUAUAUCCAUGUGUACGAAUCUUUCCAGCUUAAAACUGGGAAUCUGCCUGAACAUAACUGAUCAGGGCCUUAUCCAUGUCGGCAUGCACUGCUCGAAUCUUAAGGAGCUUGAUUUGUACAGGUCGACUGGAAUUACUGACCGGGGUAUUUCAGCAAUUAGUCAUCGCUGUGCUGACCUUGAAAUCAUUAACAUUGCCUACUGUAAUCGUAUCACCGAUCACUCUUUCAUCUCGCUGUCAAAGUGUUUAAAGUUGAGUACUCUUGAAAGUAGAGGUUGCCCUUGUGUCACAUCUUUAGGUCUAGCUGCUGUUGCUACGGGAUGUAAACAACUCACCAAGCUAGACAUCAAGAAGUGCCACAACAUUGGUGAUGCCGGAAUGAUUCCACUUGCUCGAUUCUCACAAAACCUCAAACAGAUAAAUCUAUCAUACACCGCGGUGACGGAUAUUGGGCUUUUGUCUCUUGCCAGCAUCGCCCGUCUGCAGAACAUAACGGUCCUGCACCUAAAGGGUUUGACUCCUAGUGGACUAGGAGCUGCACUCUUGGCAUGUCGAGGACUUGCCAAGAUUAAGCUGCAGACAUUGUUUAAAUCACUAUUACCACAGCCCCUUUUUGAACAUUUAGAAGCCCGUGGUUGUGUUUUCCAAUGGAGAGAUAAAACAUUUCAGGCCGUAGUAGAUCCAAAAUUAUGGAAACUUCAGUUGGAUAAUUUAGAGUGAAGAUCCAAGAGUUCAGUCCAGAUAUUUGUGACUUAUGCCCGCGUGUUUCAAUGAGAACACCGAAAAAAACUAAUUCAGCUCCACGUAAGAUAGCCUAAGUACGGUUGAGCAAUCGACAUGAUGUAUUUGCUCACAUUCUAGGCGAAGGUCAUAAAUUGCAGGAACAUUCUAUGGUCUUAAUCAGAGGAGGUAAAGUGAAGUGGCCUGUGGUAACAAUGCAUUAAUUGUCAGUCAUUAGCAUCUUUUCUCACUACAAAUCAUUUCUUGAUUUGUGUGCGUCCAUCCUUACAGAGCCAUGCUAAUAUUGUUCCAAUUUUAUCGGAUGUUUUCAAAGGGACCCCUCUUUAUCCCUUAUUUUCUGUAAAUUCUAAAGAGUAUGAAACCCAUCAAUUGUUCAGUAAUAUCCUGUUCUAGCAUCCGUUUCCAACAUGUUAUGAUGGAUUUAACAUAUUAAAGAAAUAGAGUGGUACUUUUAAGGA